AUGGCUCAAACCCGCAAAGUUACUGAACUCGAGGCCAAGCUCAAAGCUACACUCCGGGAGUUGAAAGAUACUCAAGCCGAAUGCACCCAGCUCAGAACAGAAAAUGAAGACGGAGCUGAGCAGUUCCAACAUCUGAUCCAACGGAACUCCGUGCUCAAGAAUGAACUAACGGCAAUGGAAAGGCGCAUCGAAGAGCUCUCAGCGGAAUGUGUUCGCCUUCAAGAUGUUAUUGCUUCCAUGGAACAAUGUCGAGAUACAUUUGAAGCCUCCCUUGAGCGAGCUUCAUUCCUAGAAAGACAGCUGGCUGAAGCAAAGGAGGAUAUCAAGUCGCUCCAGGCUGAGAAACAACUGGCUGCCUUUGCAAACACUUCGGCCCUAUACAAUGAGUUGGUGCCUGAUCAUGCUCAGUUUGUACAGUGUCAGGAUGCAAAUUUGUCUGUUAAUAACAGUUUGGUUCCCACCAUAGAUCUCACUGCCACACCCAUUUCAAAUACCAAACGUAAUUCUUUAUCUAGCUCCAAUAAAAUUAAGAAAUAUGUUAAACUUAGUAAAUUCAUCAAAAAAUCUGAAAAUAUUGUUAAAAAACAAAAGAAUUCUGUAAAGGAAAUUCCGAUUAGACAACAAAAGUUAGAUUUAAAAGUCCAGUUACUGUCCUGUGAAGACACCAUUAAAAGUAAUAAUAAAUUUAUUAAAGAAUUACAAAAUAAGAUAUGUUCUCUGCAGUCGGAGUUGCAGUCCAUAUCAAGUAAAUAUGAACUAUCAAAAAAAGUGGUAGGUGAAUUUACUCAAGCACUUAAAAAGCUAAAUGAGGAAAAAAAAAUGUGUAGUUCAGGCGAGGAAAUCCAAAACAUGGAGGCAUUCUCCCCUGACAAUGCUGCUUGUGCAGCGGCUACAGCCUUGACAAAGGUUGUGUUGCCCCUGGAGACUUUGCCCCCUUUACAGGUAUCUCCGGGGACUUCACAACUGAAUUCUUCGACAAUCAACAGCACCACUAGUACUUUGGUUAGACCUCCUACAGCCUGUUAUGAAACUCUUUUAGAUGUUUUAGAGGAAGCCCUCAGUGCUGCAGAUGAUUUAUUAAAAAGAAAUGCCUCAGAUCCUAAAUCUACCUUCCGAUUUAGACAUAUUUCUCCUGAAGAAUUAUUAUCUGCUUACAAAGCACUCAACAUGAAAAAUACAGAGGAUCUGUGGGGUCGUUCCACUACUGAUGCAGCAGCCACUCUAGUUGGAAUUAUCAAUGAUGCUUGGGAAGCCGGACAGGAUGUUAUAGGUGUAUUUUGUGACCUUUCAAAAGCUUUUGACUGUGUCGACCACAACAUACUGAAAAAUAAGCUUAAAUUCUAUGGUGUCACUGGAGCGGCCCUUGAUGUACUAUCUUCUUACUUAGACAAUAGAACUCAGAAAGUAGAAAUUAAUAGAGCAGCCUCUAACAGCGCUCCUGUGCACAUGGGCGUGCCUCAAGGCUCCAUUAUUGGCACCCAGUCACGCUCCGUCCGUAACCAGUACGAUGGUCGUUCUAUCACCCAGCGGGGACCUGUGCUACUCAGUUGA